UUUUCCUUCAAUACAGUCUCGUCAUAUCAGUCAAUUCAGAAUUUCUUCAGAAAAGUCGCACGAUAUUCUCAUUUGAUCUAUUCACGUCAAAGACCAAAAAUGAUUACCGCAAAGGUGACAAUCCCGACAAGAAAUGGUCCCGCGAAUUCUCAUCAGGCAGUUUUGGAAGAAAUCGACGAGGAGGAAGACGGCGGGGUGAAACCGGAAAAUCCGGAGCCGCCGGUGAAUAAUGUUGCUCCAGCAGAAGAAAGCCAAGAGCCAAAGCUAACCCCACUUGAAGAAAGAGAGCGAAAAAAGAACCGUGUUCACCCAACAAUGCAGAACCUUCCACUCUCGCGUAGCAACUCAUCGACGAGUCUUUCAAAGGUUGAAGCCGUCGAAAAGUAUUACGAGAGAAAUGCUCAUACCGUAUCAGGAUUUCAAAGGAAUCAAGACACAUUUGGACAGCUUCAGAGAAGAUAUAAGCCGAGACAAGAUGCAAUUAGUGUGCUCAGUAGUCCAGGAGCUCUCGGUGAACCUGUGAUGCCAACUGACCGGCACUUUGAUAGAUCCAUGUAUUGGUUCGCAUUCCAUCGGAAACAAAUUGGUCUCAGACAUAUAAUGGUGGCUCUGAUGGUACUGAGCUACACGAUUUUUGGAGCAUUCAUGUUUUGGACAGUGGAAAGUCGAAAUGAAAGAGCUGUUACUCUGGAACGUGUCACUAACUUGGAGAAUUUGCUAAAUAUACUUGCUACAAAUAUCACCGAAAUCGUGAACAAUCCAAAUACAACAACGACGGAGGCAGAAAUGCAAGUUUACAUUAGGGAAGCCUACGUAUCACUGAUGAAACUCGAGGGGCAGUACAAGGGAAGUACCUACUACAAACUGGAAGAUCACGGGAAAAACUGGAAAUGGACAUUCGAAAGUGCAUUUUUCUUCAGUAUGAAUGUCUAUACAACUACCGGAUACGGGUCGAUCGCACCGGAAUCCAUACUUGGACAGGUUCUCGUCUGCCUGUACGGAUUCAUUUUUGUCCCCGUCACACUUGUGGCGCUCAGGGAUCUUGGACAGUUUUUCUUGGUGCAUUUAACAAAACUUUAUGCUCAAUUGAUACAGAGAUGGAGAGAAAUAAACGGAGACACAAGUAUAGACGUAAACGAAAUCAUCAAAAUCCCCAUCAAAGCCUGUCUCCUACUCCUGGCUCUUUACCUUGCAUUUUGCACAAUAUUUAUCCACGUAUUCGAUGAGCUCAGUGGAGAUGAAUCUGGAAGUGGAAUGUCUGUAUUCCUUUGUUUCUACUUUUCAUUCAUAUCUCUAAGUACAAUUGGUUUGGGAGAUAUCAUGCCGAAUAAUGCUACGUUCUCGCCUAUCAUCUCUAUCAUGUUUUUCUUUGGUAUGGCACUCACCAAGGUCGUCAACAGGAACACUUUUAUAGCUGUCGAGAAUGGUAUUUUUGGUGCCCUGACCCUCGUCGAAAACAAGCUUGAUGGAAUUGUCAGAAAAGGCAAGGAAAUGCCGGAUGAGCAGAAGCAACCGAAAGCUUUAACUCCCCAAAUGAUACAGAGAGCUCUGAGUGUGGAAGACUACGGUGCUGCUCAAAGAGAAAACAAGAAUGAGGUGAUGAACAAUUUCACGGUCAGAUCUAUCGCAACAUUUAUGAAAUCGAAUACGGAUAUUUAUGGAGGAGGAUUUGGAAGAGUUCAACUUCGAAGAGGAGAUCUUAUGGGAAGUGAUCAUCAAAUGACCACAUCAUCUGAAAAAACAUCAACUAGUCAUCAUCCGGAAUCUCAAGUUUAGUCUCCAAAAAUACCUGCCUGGGUGUCUAGGUCCCCUUUAAAAAGAAUUACGCCUACCUUGUAGUCACUCAGGUAGGCAAGGAAAAAAUUUAACGCAUUCUGACAAAACGAGAUUAAUUUCAUUUGAAAGUGCAUACUUCAGAAGGGUUAUUUCCGAUUUGAGUACUAGCUCAAACAUAAGGUUUCAAAUGAGACUAAUUCGGUUUUUUUCCUCGACUAUAGAUUAGAUAAUGCAAACUUUUGACAUUUUGAAAUUAUUUUUGUACUGUACGUUUUUCAUCUUUCCCCUACUGACAACAACACAAAUUACUGGUAUUUUCUUUUUUUUUUUCUUUACUUUUUAUUGAGCAUUCAAUUGAAUAAACUAUCAUAAAACUGAUUUGUUUUCUCUGUGAAAAAAAUCAGUUAGCCAUUGGUUGC